ACACCACUAAGCAAGCGGCACCAUGAAGACCAAGGAGCUCUCCAAACAGGUCUGCAACACGGCAGGGAGGGCCAGAGAGUGGAGUUUACCCUGGUGUGUAGAGACUGCUGGAGAGCAGAUGGGUCGAGGAGGAGAGGCUGUCCUGGUCAGUAUGGUCCACAAGGAGAAGAAAGACAGCAGAUUGGAGGUGGCGGUGGUGGAUAACAGUGAUGGCUCCUAUUCCAUCUCCUACACCCCUGUAGAGCCAGGGUCCUACUCUGUGUGGGACCAACCCCGGGUCAGGGGUCAGCAUGGCCCUGUAUUUGUAUUCAAUUAUUCUUACUCUCAUUUCUGUCAUUCAUUUCUUUUCACUUCCUUUCUAAGCCACGUUUCCCAUUUUGUCCUAAAUGUGAAGAGAAAGGUCCAGCGGCACUGUGGAACGUUCCACUGUUGUUCUUUCUGUUCCAGUGGGGGUUCUAAGGAGGCACGCUGUGGUUGUACCGGCACCAUGCCAGGAGGGUUCCGGGGCUGUGGUCAUGGCCAUAAGGGUCUCCCCGGUAAGCCCCACUGGUUGUGCUGUGGCAGUGUGGUGGAGGCAUCCGAUUGCCUGCCCCAGAGCGUGAUAACGGCAGUGGGGGGGACAGGGUCAGGCUCGCCUCGGGACCAUAUGAGGACAGUGCAGCUCUGAGGGACAGGACCAGGACACCCCUAACACCACCCCUAACAGCACCUACAAAUCAACCAUUUCAGAUGAUUAACGAAAUAGUGGAAAAGAAGUGGUACAGUUGGGGAUAAAAGUGAGAAGAAUGAAUGUAAUUGAAAGACCAUUCUCUUUCAUCUUAAAAAAAUCACUUGAUGAUGUGUUGGUACAAUAUUAGCAACAGUUAUAUCAUUUCCAUCCUGAAUACAAAGCAUAACAUUCAUAAUAAAUGUAGUCAUGGUUUAGAAUAAUAGGCUGAAAGUUUGUCACUGCAGUUCUGUUCUCCACCACUUGAUGUCAGUAGUGUGCUAUUCACUCUAACUUCAGCCCAUCAUACCAUUUUAAUGGAAAUAUUCCAUUACACAUGAGCGCCUUAAAGAAUACUUAUUAGUGGGGACAGUGCCAAAUCAAGCGUGAUACCUAUCUAAUUACGCUGUAUUGGAAAUGAGUAAGAAUGUAAUCACCUUUAUCAUGUUUAGUUGUACAGUUGUUGAUGUUGCCUACGUGGAAGCUGUACCACUACAUGUUGGUUGAAAAGCUGUUGUACUACUGGUAUCAUUGUGUUAGACUUAACAAACAAACACACUCUCACCCUCCCUGAGGUAGCUGACCCUCCUCCCUGUACAGUUGUUUGGUGGGAGCAGGGAGGUGUAAAGAUCUUUAGAAAUGAUGAUGUUGAGGGGGUGGAUGACUCAAAUACUAACCUCUGUUACCUGAUCUCGAGAACACAAGUGUUGAAAUCACAUUACAAUUACACAUUACAACACAUUAAACCAUUGUCUGCGGAGUGGAUCCGGGAGAGAAGAGGUUUAUGUCCCACAUAAACGCUUUAAACCCAUGAUUGGAAACUGAGACAACGUGUCUUGUAAGCUUAAAAACCUCUUCUAAUACAACAUAACAGAAAAAUGUGAUUGACAAUAAUAUGUCUCACACUCCCUCAUUCCGCUCCUUUGUCUUCCUUGUAUUUUUAUUCCUUCUCUCACAAAGAAUCUACCUGGUUCAUUCACGGACUCUCCCCCUUUCUGUUGGUGUGCUGAGCUGUGACCAUCACUCAUCGAUCCUUUGCAUAUUUGUGUGUGUGAGGUGACAACUCCAUCUUUAUCCUUCCUGUAAAGAGCUUGCCACGACAUAUCGCCACGACAACCCUGUGAAUGACGUCAUACUCUGAUAGGCUCUUCAUCUCAGGGCUCCAAGAGAUGAACCACAAGUUCUUCAUCAUUGCAAAUGUUGAAAUAGGGGUAAUUUAAAAGUACAUGAACCCAGAGCGGUUUAUAAUUAUAAAUGUACGGUGAUGGAAUUAGAGUAGAGUCUAUCCAUGAUGAAUUUUGAAUAAUUUAUUUAAAAUUGUUUAUAUUAGUUCAACCUCUAUUACGCAUGCACAUUUCAGAACAUAUUAGUAAAUCCCCUUUGGACAAGAUGGAUACGGCACACAGGCCAGAUAGUGCGCUGAGCAGGAAGAAUCAACUGCAUUGUAGCUAAUGUUCCAUGAUGCAAUGAGUGGAGUCAGAGAUCAUUUUCUUUGUGUGUGUGUGUGUGUGACAUAAAUAAAGACUCUGACAACAGGUCACUCUGAACACAGUGUAACCUGAUUUCAGAAAAGGGCCAGAGCCAUAUCAUCACACUAAUGUACUUACAUAGCUCUAAAUUGACCCCACAUCACACAGG